AUGCUGCAACCACGGCCCUCGGCCCUGCUCUCUGCCCUCAACGCUCUCCCCCGCCGCUCCCCCGCCUUCCUCAGACACAUCGCAGCGCAGCGAUGUCGGCGAGCAUACAGCCUCCAGAUAGACACGGAGUCAGACCCCAAGCUCGCAGGCAUUGAACCCUCGAAGCUCUCUGUAGCAAAGACCACCACGCCAAAAGACCUCCUCCCGCCAGAAGAGCUUGUCUUCGGGCGCAACUUCACCGACCAUAUGCUCUCGAUCGAGUGGACCGCCUCCGAAGGCUGGCUCGCGCCCCGCAUAACGCCCUACCAGAACCUCUCCCUCGACCCCGCAACCUGCGUCUUCCACUACGCCUUCGAGUGCUUCGAGGGCAUGAAAGCCUACAAAGACUCCCACGGCCACAUCCGACUCUUCCGGCCGGACAGGAACAUGGCGCGGCUGAACAAGUCGUCCGCACGUAUCGCGCUGCCCACCUUCAACGGCGCCGCGCUGACAGACCUGAUCUCGAGGUUCGUCAAGCUGGACGAGAGAUUCAUCCCCAGCGCCCGCGGCUACUCGCUCUACCUGCGCCCGACCAUGAUCGGCACGCAGCGCACCCUCGGCGUCGGCCCGCCGGGCUCCGCGCUGCUGUACGUCAUCGCCUCGCCCGUGGGCCCGUACUACCCGACGGGCUUCAAGGCGGUGUCGCUGGAGGCGACCGACUACGCCGUGCGUGCGUGGCCUGGCGGCGUGGGCGACAAGAAACUCGGCGCCAACUACGCGCCCUGCAUUGUGCCGCAGAUGCAGGCCGCGAGCCGGGGCUUCCACCAGAAUCUGUGGCUGUUUGGCGAGGAGGAGUAUGUCACGGAGGUCGGGACGAUGAAUCUGUUCGCAGCGAUGAAGAACAAGGAGACGGGGCAGAAUGAGCUGCUGACUGCGCCGUUGGAUGGGACGAUCUUGGAGGGCGUGACGAGGGAUUCUAUCUUGGCGCUUGCGAGGGAGAGGCUCACGAAGGAGGGAUGGAAGGUCGAGGAGAGGAAGUUCACGAUGCGCGAUCUGGCGGAGGCGGCGGAUGAGGGGAGGCUGUUGGAGAUUUUUGGGGCGGGCACUGCCGCGGUGGUGAGUCCGGUGAGGAAAAUCAGCUGGAGAGGGCGGUUGGUGGAUUGUGGAUUGGAAGAGGGGAAGGAGGCUGGGCCCGUGGCGCAGAGGAUGAAGGACUGGAUUGAGGGGAUUCAGUAUGGGGACGAGGAACAUCCUUGGAGUGUGAAGAUAUAG